AUGCUCCGGGUGGGGACCCUUUUUGACCAAGCGCGGCCGAGGAGCUUUGCUUUCUUCCUCACCACAUCCAACGCCAUGAACGGCAUUCGCCAGGUCCAGCAGCUCAACAAGCGUGAGCUUGAAAAUGCCAUACCUCCGGAGGCAUCAUGGCAUGCAGACUACCGCGACACAGCAUACAUCUACAUCGGCGGACUCCCAUUCGACCUUUCCGAGGGUGAUAUCGUGACAAUCUUCUCGCAGUACGGAGAGCCAGUCCAUGUCAACUUGGUCCGCGAUAAGGAAACCGGCAAGAGCCGUGGCUUCGCGUUCCUCAAAUACGAGGACCAGCGCAGCACAGAUCUUGCAGUCGACAACCUCGGCGGUGCAACCGUCAUGGGUCGUAUGCUGCGAGUGGACCAUACACGCUACAAGCGGCGCGAUGACGAGGAAGAGGAUAACAACGUCGCAAAGCUGAUGGGCGAUGCGGCAAUCGACGAAGGCCACCGGAUCGAAGACGGUGACCGUAGGCGGAGAAGAGGCAGCGCUGACAGAGAGGAGCGACGGCCUAUGUUGAAGGAGGAGAAGGAACUCCAGGACCUAAUCCUCAACCACGACGAGGAAGAUCCCAUGAAGGAAUUCCUCAUUGAAGAGAAGAAAGAAGAGGUGGCGCUCGCAAUUGAGAAGAAGUCUUCACGGCGCCGCGACAGCAGAGAACGGUCCAGUCGGCAUAGUCGCCGGCAUCGAUCUCGGUCGCGCGAGCGCAGGCAUCGCGAUGAACGCUCGCCUGGUCGAGAGAGGAAAUCUCGGCGCCGCUCACCGGAAAGAGAGGAAAAGUCUAGAAGAGACCGGUCGGCAGACAGGUCUCGCUCGCCUGAAUCCCGGAGACAUCGCAGUGAUCAAGACAGACAUGAUCGUCGUCGCUGA